AUGAUUUGUGUUGCAUCCAUCAGGAUCCAUGGGACCCAGCUACCAGAGAUGCCAUUUAUUGGGACCCGCCAUAUUUAUAGACGCCAAAGGAUGUGUCGUAGGUUGUUAUCUGCUAUUGAAUCAGUACUCUCAUCCCUUCAUAUUGAGAAAUUGAUCAUUCAUGCCAUUGCUGAACACAUGCAUACAUGGAUAGAUGUUUUUGGUUUCAAGCCUCUUGAGGAAACACACAGACAAGAAAUGAGGUCCAUCAACAUGUUGGUGUUUCCUGGAACAGAUAUGUUGCAGAAACCACUAAUUCCAGAGAAAGGUUCAUCAUUACAUAAGAUAAGAAUGGAAUUGGAAUUGGAAAGCAACAUUCUGAAGCCUGACAGAUCUGAAUCAAGUUCUCCCGAUGUUAAAGAGUCGAGACAAAGAAUUGCUCCAUCGGAUUCCGGUUCUCAAGAUGCUAGUGAUGCGACUCUUUCCAUCAUUAUGCAAAAUGGUGAAGAGAGUACUUCAAAUUUUGCUAUUUCUGUUGCCAUUCCAGAUGCAGCUUCUCGGGGAAGUGCUGGUGUAGGCUUUGAUGUCGUGCAAUAUGGAUUAGCAUCUACUCUAAUAAUGUUCAAUAAUAGUACACUCACAACAAAUGAAGACUUUCUAUGUCCAGUUGAUGGAGCUAUCAUGAUAACUUCAUGUCAUCUUCCUUAUAAUAGAAAUGCUUUUAAAUUCUUUACUAAUGAAGGACGCCUUGGAAAACCUGACAUUAAAGACAUUCUGAAGCGUGCUGCAAACAUAUACAAUGGAUUUACACCAAAAUCUCUAGAAGAGGCAGAAAGAAAAGUUUCAUCUUCCAUCACUAAAGUUGACUACACGGCUAUUUACGCUUCUAACCUUGUAACAACAGUUCGCAAAGCUUCAGGAAACAUAGAAAAGCCAUUGGAAGGAUUUCAUAUAGUUGUGGAUGCUGGGAAUGGAGCUAGUGGUUUUUUUGUUGGAAAUUUGUUUUUCGAGGAAGAUUUCAGUGUUACAAGCAAGAUUGGAAUAUUAGCUCCAACAACAUACAUCUUCUUUGCCUCCACCCUUCCAGUCAUUGCCUUCGGUGAGCAACUGAAUAAAGAGAUAGAUGAUACGUUGAUUGCAGUGGAAACUCUCACCUCUACUGCUAUAUGUGGAUUUAUCCAUGCAAUAUUCGGUGGACAACCUCUUUUGAUUUUAGGCGUUGCUAAACCUACUAUUAUAAUGUACAAUUAUCUCUAUAGUUUUUCUAAAGAAAUACCUGAAUUGGGGAGGCAGCUGUUUCUAGCUUGGGCUGGAUGGGUUUGUGUCUGGACUGCUGUGAUGUUGUGUGUUCUUGAUAUACCCAAUGCUUGCACACUCAUCACAAGAUUCACAAGGGUUGCUGAUGAACUUUUGGCAUAUCUUGAUGGCGGUGACGCUAAUAAUGCCAUUGUCCCCGUUGAUCAGCCUGCAGCAGGGGGUUACUCAGGGAAAAUGCAAGUGGUAGCAAAUACUGGGCAUAUGGAGCAUGUUGCUGCUGAAGGCACAACCUUGGUCAAACAGGCAGAAGAUGCUGCAAGUAAUAAGAAGGUAGAAAAGAGAUUGCAGGUUGAUCCUGCUACAUAGCCAAUAAUGAUCUUUAGGGUCUGCUAGAAGGAUUGGAGAUUGCAGUUAAGCUUCUAUCUAAGACUUCACGCCA